AUGGAAAAUAUAAAAACGUUUGUACCUCUAAUAAUAGGAGCAUAUGGAUUAAGUUUGAGUAGUUAUAAGAUUUAUGAAGACAAGAAAAAAAGAGCAUGGGAAAAAAUAAAUGGGCAGGUGGAUAAGGUUACAUUACGAUAUGACAAGAAUUUUUUUCAAAGAUCUUACUAUUUAAAUGUUAGUUAUCAUUUUUUUUUAGAUAACAAGAAAUUCAUACAUAAUAAAGAAUACAAAUUAGAAACACAUUUGUUUUCAGGUAAUAAAGAAGGCAAAGAUAAUAAUAACAAAUUAAAUGAAAAUAAUAUAACGAAAGAAGAUAUCAAACCAAAUAUAUAUACACAAAAUAUAUUUGAUCAAGUAUGUAAAGAGAAAAAUAUUACUAUUAUAUAUAAUCCUAAUAAUAAAAAUGAAACAGAUCCUUUAAUAUAUAUAAAUGAAAAUUCUAUUUUAUCAAAUUAUAAUUUUAUUGGUAGAAUGAAAAAUAAACUAUUAUGUAUAAAAACAUGCGUAAUUAAUAAAACAAAAAAUUUACUUAAAAUAGACACAUUAAAAAAAAAUUGUGAAAAACAAAAAUAUACAAAUGAUAAGAAUGAAAAAAAAAAAAAAUCAGCAGAUCAACAAGAAAUUAUUAAUGAAAAUAAUUUAUCUCUUUUUGAAGAUAUAAAUAAAAACUCUUAUCAUUCCCAAAAUUUUAAGAGACAUUUAAUUAAUUCUUAUGAUAUUAAUAAUUUAUUUCCUAUGUAUAUGCUUUCAUGUAGUUUGUUUUUGUUUUCCUCCUUUUUUUUAAAAAGAAGAAUUCACGCCGUGAAAAAGAAAAUAUCUCAACAAUAA